CGACAACCUAUACAUUAAGAAAAUAUAUAUAUCUAUGAAGGAGGAGCUUCUUCCUCAAAUGGAUUCUCCAUUUUCUACAGAGAAAUCGAGGAUUGAGAAAUUCAUACGAAGAGUAAUUUCGCCGGCAAUCAUCGGCAAAACAUGUCCGAUAUGCCUUAGAACCAUCGACGUCCGUGGAGCGGCUGUUCUCACGGUUUGUUCCCACGCUUACUGCUUAGAUUGCAUUCGCAAGUGGAGCGAUUUGAGGAGGAAAUGCCCUCUCUGUAAUUCCAUCUUCGAUUCUUGGUUCUACAGAAUCGAUCUCUUCUCCCUAAGAUUCCUCAAACAGCAAUUACCCGCUCUCCCUGACUGCAGAUCGGAUACUCCUCGUCCUCCGUCCACCGUAAUCGAUCGUCGACGGGUUAUUGAAAGAUCAAGGCGAGAAAUUAACAGUGUUAACAGGAGAUCAAGGCCGUUGCCUUGGCGGCGAUCAUUUGGGCGGGCUGGGACUGUGUCACUUCAUGUUAUCGCUGAAAGGAAGCUUCAAUGGCGUGCCAGUGUGUAUAAUCGAAGAUUGCAAGCUGUGCCUAUGUCUCAUGGGAUUAGUUCUCAGGAGAAUGUACCCAGAAAUGCUUUCGAUAAAGAGAGAAUUAUGCAAAGAAUAGAACCAUGGAUUCGAAGGGAGCUUCAGGCUAUCCUUGGUGAUCCAGAUCCGUCAAUCAUUCUUCAUGUUGUGUCCUCACUUCUUUUUUCUGGACAUGAAAGAAAGUUCGAUGGCUCUUCUUCCACCUCUUCAAGACAGCUUGGUUUGGACGAUAACUUUCUUGCUCCUUUGGAACCUUUCUUGCACGACCGAACCAACAUGUUUUGGCAUGAACUGAGAUGCUUCGUAGAGAGUUCUUUUACAAUGGAAACAUAUGAUGCAGUAAUCGAGUAUAGACAGUUGGAGUAGGGGCUUACAACAUUUAAAAAAAACAGAUCAUCCCCACCUUCUACAUGCUGGCAUACUGCAUAUGUGGCCCAAGAGAUGAGCUUGUUAUGGUCAUUCAUUGCCCAAUCGCCGAGGCACUGGUGAUCUGGUAAAAUGGCACAACUUAGAGAUUGAAGGAAUAAUCAAAUUCCGAAAGAUGAGGUUUACCAAGGGAAAAUUCUUUGAAGUUCAGAGGAGAACCAAGCACUAAUUUCGGAGCAGAUUAAGCAUGUUAGUCGAGGGUUGCAAGCAAGCAAGCUCAAAGGUGCCGGUCGAUAUCCUUGUACAUGUUCCUUGGCACAGUCUAUUUUAUU